AUGUUGUCUUCCACAAAAGGAGAACAGACUGAAGAAUUUCUUAAGACAAAGCUGAAAACACUUGCAAAAGGACCUUCCAUUAAAGCCGAUGAGAUAUCGGAGUCUUCAUCAAAUCGAACAGCUGGGGAAGCCAUGCCCCUCAAAUUGAGUACUAUUCCUGCCUAUAAUUUCAGUUUCAAAUGCAAUGAAAGGGCUGAGAAAAGGAAAGAGUUUUACUCGAAACUUGAGGAAAGGAUUCAGGCACAGGAAGCUGAGAAGAGUAACCUGCAAGCUAAAACCAAGGAAACACAAGAAGCCGAGAUUAAGAUGUUGAGAAAAAGUUUAGGUUUCAAAGCUACACCAAUGCCGAGCUUCUAUCAGGAACCUCCACCUCCAAAAGCAGAACUAAAGAAGUCUAGUGAUUCAAAGAGUUCGAAACCGGUAAAGGGUAUGAUAAGGGCCAAAAAUGGGAAACCAUUGAGCAAGGGCAACGAUGGAAAGCAGGCUAUGAAAUCUUCGAACAGCAAAGUUGCUUGUGAAUUACGCUCGAAGGAGUCUGCUUUCGGAACAAAAAGCAAAUCAUUUAACGAGAGGCAAAGUCCAGAAUUCUAUUCAAGACUUGAGGAAAAGAUCCAGGCAAAGGAAGCAGAGAAGAGUAAUCUUCUAGCUAAAACCAAGGAAACACGGGAUGCUGAGAUCAAAAUGUUUAGAAAAAGUUUGGGUUUCAAAGCUACACCAAUGCCGAGCUUAUAUCAAGAACCUGCACCUCAGAAACCGGAACUAAAGAAGAUUCCAACAAAGAGCUCGAUCUCACCGAAUGCCGACACGAGCCCGCCUCGGUUAAGCCUUGACGAGAGCAACCUGGCCAGAACGCGUGAAGAUCGUGUCAAGAAGCCACAGAGAAAGUCCCUUCCCAAGUGGCCAUUUGAGGAGAAUGCCUCAUCAUAUGAAGAGAAAAGGAGACCAUCAUCAUCCCGUAUAAGUAAUACUUCUUCCAAAGAAACAGUUGAACACGAGGCUCAGCCGAAAGUCUUGAAUGAGGACGAAAGUAGUGCUGCUGCUGGGACAGUCCAGAGUCAGUUGAUCAUGGACGAGAAACUUCCAGAAGCUCCAGAAGAAACUGGUAAGGUGCAAGAGGCAAUUGCAGUGUGA